CAUGGCACACGGGUUAGUGAAACGGGAGUCCGUCGACUGGGAAAUGCACAAGUCGGAAGACAAAAGUAAAACCUUUGUUUACACAAAGAAGAGGGGCUACGAUGUCACACGUAACCCCCACCUGAACAAGGGCAUGGCCUUCUCCCUGGAGGAGCGGCUGCAGUUGGGGAUCCAUGGCCUGCUGCCCCCCUGUUUCCUCAGCCAAGAUGUCCAGCUGCUCCGGGUCCUGAGGAACUAUGACAUGAAGAAGGACGACCUGGACAGAUAUGUCUUCCUGAUGGGGCUGCAGGACCGCAACGAGAAGCUCUUCUACAGGGUUCUCAUGUCGGACAUAGAGAGAUUCAUGCCCAUAGUUUACACGCCCACAGUGGGGCUGGCAUGCCAACAGUAUGGCCUCACCUUCAGGAGACCCAGAGGGCUGUUCAUCACCAUCCAUGAUCGCUCCCACAUCUCCACCUUGCUGCAGAGCUGGCCUGAGAAGGAUGUACGGGCCGUGGUGGUGACGGACGGGGAGCGGAUCCUGGGUCUCGGGGACCUGGGCUGUUACGGCAUGGGCAUCCCGGUGGGCAAGCUGGCGCUCUACACGGUCUGCGGAGGAACGCCACCCCAGCAGUGCCUGCCCGUCAUGCUGGACGUGGGCACUGAAAAUGAGGAGCUCCUGAAAGACCCGCUGUACAUUGGCCUGCGCCACAGGAGGGUGAGGGGCCAGGCCUACGACGACCUGCUGGAGGAGUUCAUGAAGGCCGUGACCGACAGGUAUGGGAUGGACUGUCUGAUCCAGUUUGAAGACUUUGCCAACAACAAUGCCUUCCGUCUGCUGCACAAGUACCGUAACAAGUACUGCACUUUCAAUGAUGAUAUCCAAGGUACAGCUGCAGUGGCAGUGGCCGGCCUCCUCGCUGCCCUUCGCAUCACCAAGAGCAGGAUGUCGGACCAUACCAUUUUGUUCCAGGGUGCUGGGGAGGCUGCAAUGGGAAUAGCUGACCUCAUCACCAUGGCGAUGGAGAAGGAGGGAAUCCCCAGAGAGCAGAGCCUGAAAAAGAUCUGGAUGGUUGACUCCAAGGGGCUCAUCGUCAAGGGACGUGAUCAUCUGACGCACGAGAAGGAAAGGUUUGCUCAUGAGCACCCUCAGAUGAAGAAGCUGGAGGACGUUGUGCAGAAACUGAAGCCCACAGCAAUUAUAGGGGUGGCGGCCGUUGCUGGUGCCUUCACGGAGCAGAUCAUCAAGGACAUGGCAUCUUUCAACGAGCGGCCAAUCAUCUUCGCUCUCAGCAACCCCACCAGCAAGGCUGAGUGCACCGCUGAGCAGUGCUACACGCUGACAGAGGGGCGGGGGAUCUUUGCCAGCGGGAGUCCGUUUGAUCCCGUGACCCUCACCGAUGGGCGGAAGUUCUAUCCUGGUCAGGGCAACAAUGCCUAUGUGUUUCCUGGGGUCGGCCUGGGAGUGACCGCCUGUGCGCUACGCCACAUCACUGACGAGGUCUUCCUCCUCACUGCGGAGACCAUUGCUUCCCUGGUGACAGAGAAAGACCUGUCUGAGGGGAGAUUGUACCCCCCUCUCAGCACCAUCCGCGACGUGUCCUUCAAGCUGGCUGUGAAGAUAGUGGAGUAUGCGUACAAGCACAACAUGGCGUCGCUGAACCCAGAGCCCAAGGACAAGGAGGCCUUCAUCCGCUCUCUGAUCUACAGCACUGACUACGACGAGUUCGCCGUGGACUCCUACCGCUGGCCAGAGGAUGCCAUGGGCGUGCAGUCCUGCAAAUUGUGACACUGGAGUCGGGGAGGGAGGAUUAGGGAGAGUAUUUAAAGGCAGCACAAGGGGGAGAGGGUAUGACCAGGGAAG